AUGCACUUGCACAGGGCUCUGCUGCUCCUCUCCCUGCUGAGCUUGGCCACCGUCAGCCUGUCGCUGUCCUCCUGCACGACGCUGGACCUGGAGCACAUCAAGAAGAAGAGGGUGGAGGCCAUCCGGGGCCAGAUCCUGAGCAAGUUGCGCCUCACCAGCCCCCCGGAGACUGUGGGGCCGAGCCACGUGCCCUACCAGAUCCUGGCUCUGUAUAACAGCACCCGGGAGCUCCUGGAAGAGAUGGAGGAGGAGAAGGAGGAGAGCUGCUCCCAGGACCACACCGAGUCUGAGUACUACGCCAAGGAGAUCCACAAGUUUGACAUGAUCCAGGGCUUCCCGGAGCACAGUAAGUCCCGAAUCCUGUCCCCGAAAGGGCUUUUGUUGGGGGGGGGGUGAUGCCUAAGAUUCGCAGCGGAAAAUCAGAUCCUCAGAGGCUGCCCAGGUAGCUUGGAAAAGAUGCUUCUAUGCAACUAAAAGCUCCAUGGUGGGGAGAGGAUUGGGAGAGCACAUCUGACUUGGGUUACUCUUAAGUUCAUUGUAGGGAUGGAAAGUUGAGGCAGAGUGGUACAGUUACAUGGAUAAACUGGGAUUUGAACCCAGGUUUGAAGACCCAAGGCUUGGUUCCCUGGAUUAUUCUGAUUCUCAUAAAUGCCUGGGAAUUCCAGGUUGCAGGGAUGGAGAAAAUUUCUCUGCCUGAGCUGCUGAAAUCAGGAAGGCAGUGCCUUGGCAGCUGAAAUGCCUUUUCUCUGGGAUGCAGAAUCCUGUCCAACCAAGUGGUUGGCAACAACUGCCCAUUGCACCACUGACUGCAGUGCAUGUGCUGUGAGUGUAUGCCAAGGCAGAUGUGCUGUUGCAAGUAGUAUCCUUGCACACAUAUCGGCUAUUCAGCUAAUCUAGCAUUAGAUGCACUGUCCGUCUUUGCAAAGACUUGUGCGUGUUGCCAGUGUAUGUUUUGGAUGCACCCGUAUAUCCUAAGCAGCCAUGAGUCAGGAAGGAAUGUUUGUGUGUCCAGGUUGAAGUGGGGGGAAGCAUUUGAGUGAGAGAAUGAAAUGCAUCUGGCUGUGAAUUUGUGGCAGAUGUACGGAAGUGUGGGUCUGGCUGAUUUACAUGUAAGCUGUGCGCUCUCUGUACAUUGACUUUUGUUCAUAUGUAUCCAUGAUUUUUGCACCCGCAGUAAACACUUUUCAAAACUGGGCCUGGAAUCUUGGCAAACGCUUUGAGUGCAUAGGCAGGUUUUCCAAUCAUCUGGGGGCUGUGAGAUCCUGGCAAAAGCCAUGUUUCCUUUUGCUGCCAUUAGGUGUCCUCGUGGGCUCUUGAAUUACAGCAGAGCGGUUUGGGGGUGGGAAGAAGGAUGUGGCCAAGUGCUGUUGAGGGAGGGGUGCCGAAGGCAGCAACCGGAGGAGGAUGGCAGGAGUAUCUUUCAGGAUGUUGAUCAAUGUGAAGAGGUUGGAGGAGCUGUGGAAAUGUGGCUCAGAGGCAGGCUCCGAUGUUGUGCACACUUUGGGAGCAAGUCCCAUUGAAGAAAGCGAGCCUUGCAACUGAGUAAAUGCACCCCAGGAAGAGGCUGGCAGAAGGUUAACUUGCUUUGAAACCCUGAGCUAUGGAAGGCAGGCACUUGCUGUGGAACUGCCCCCUCCCAGCAGGUGAAGAAUCCUGAGCAGCGUUGGCACCAGGGCAAGCCAGAGCUGAGCCAGCUCUCAGUGUCUUGGAAUAACAUCAGCCCCAAAUCCAGCCAACGAACAGGAAACCGAGCCAAUGUCUAGAAAACUAAAGUAGGAGGGGUGGAGGGAAGUGGGAAAAGAGAGACUGAGAGGGAGAGCGGGGAGGGAUGUACUUCAGGAUUGGGAGAGAAAAGGCGUUAUGAGGCUUGGAAGCCAAACGUAUCCUUGAAGGGCUGAGCAGAUACAUUAAAAUGUUCCAUAUGUGAGUAGCGGUCACCACAAAUACUGGGCAAGAGUCCUUCCUUGUGGGGUACAUGCACGCAUACAUGAACACUAGGCAUAGUGAGGUAAGCCGAGUUGAGUGGAUUUGGGUUAUGUUUGGCAUGUGGCGAAGUGGGGUGGGCAUGAUCAGGCAUAGCCACAACUCUUCAACCCACACUUGGAUUUGCAGCCGUAAGGGGAAUGUAAGGGGAAAUUGUUCAGCCACUGAAGCCCUUUGGCUCAGAUCCACUCCGUCCACCGCCCCAACACACACCACUGUGGUCGCAUGACCUGAGUAACGCAGGAGCUUUGCACAAAAACAAAACGGUGUGGAUGUCUUUCCAGGCAGGAAACCAUUUUUACAAAGUGGCUCCCCACACAGUUUGAGCAAUCCCAGCUUUGCCAGCCAGCGCUAUCCCCACCUCAGCAAAGAGGGUUUGUGUUAGCAUGGUGGAAGUGGCCAAACCAUGUGAGGAGCCACUUCCAUGUGAACCUACACACUUUCCUUUUCAAGAGGGGAACCAAAGCCAGCAUCCAACAAAAUAGAUGCAGGCUAGUGCAUGGACUUUUGACUGCAGAAACUAAAUUCCCCCACCUCUCCUCUCCCUGUGUUGAGGGCAUGUGGUGGUGAAGAAGUAGGAUCUUUUUUGGUUGGAUGCUACCCCAAGUCUCCAAAUGGAGUCUAAGAAGAACUGGGGGCAGCCCAGAGAGCAAGCCGAGGGGAAGCGUGGAGGAUGAGGAAAAGGAGGUGGAAAAAGCUGGAGUAACCGGGCAGCCUCUUCCCGAUGCAGAGGAGAUGGUCGCUGAGCUACUAACAGGAAGGAAGCACAGCAGAGCAGCCAGAUCCUCUUUAUCAGUGGCAGGGAAAAGGAAGGUGCUGAGGAGGCACCACAAAGAUGCAGAUGCUAAGCAGAUGUUGUGCAUCUGUGUCUUCUCACACGGAGGGGUGGCGAUGUGGAGCCCUAGAGGCUGAGCCUAUGCAGAUGUGGAGUCACAUCAGGAGGUAUCAGCUUUUCUUAGCGCUGCUGUUGCAAUGCCAGCGCUGCGAUGACAGCCAACCAUCAUCUGUGUUGUUAUUCUUGCCCAGCUUCCCAGAACAGUGAGAAGUUCCAGAGGGGCAGCGCCUACCUAGAUUUGGUUUCCUUUAGAAGGGUCGCUGGAGACUGGCUGGAGUUUUGUAAUCUUCAACAUUAUUUUCAAAUACACUGGUAGAGCAGGCAGUAGGUGGAAGCACACAUCUUAAACACCCUGACAGUUGAUCCAGCUGCUCCACAUCAACUCUCCAGGGAAGAGCAGUCAGGACCCCAAAAUGCUUUCAACAUCUGACAAGAGGGUAAAACUCAUCUCAGCACUCUCUGUUUCUCCUAUGAAAGCAAACCAACCCUGCUGAUUUAAAACCUGGUUCUGUUAUUCUGUUUGUGUACAGAGCCAGAUUACAUGAGGUAGGGGAAACAGAAGACUUGAGGAAGAUCCAGCCGUUGAAAGCAACCAAACUACAAUGUCCUGAACAAAAUGUUAGGAAGCGGUAACUUUCCCGCCAGCUGUGAAGGAGAUUUCGGCAGGUCCUUCUCGCUCCAUUAACCCACUUCCGUAUUUAGCUCAGUGGGUCCUGCCUCUUCUUGGUGAUGUAAAUUCCAAGCCCAGAGCCAAUUUGCACACUCCAGUUUCAGGAUCAGUUCUGAAAACAAUUUGGGAACAUAUAGCUGUUGUGAACGGGUCCAGGGAAAUCCUUGCGCCCAAAACCGAAUGGAAACUUUAGAGGUAACUGCUUGAAAUGUGAUCUAGUGCAGGGGCACAUAGUGUCUCCUCUGUUCUAUCUACCUGCAUACUGGUAGGGAAGUCAUUCAGGAAUAUACAGUAACGUAUUCGCACAUUACAUUCCCACAAGUAUUUGGGUAUAACGACUGCAAAAAAACCAACAUGUGAACCAGUCCUGUUGUUUCAUGCUGGAAUAAGGUAUUAAGGUGCCAAUGCAGCUAGAUUCAUUUGUGGAAGUGAGUGGUUCCUAAUAUUCAUUUGACCAAAGCCCUGCAUAAAAGUUACAUGAUUAAUGUAAUGAUUUCUUUUUUUAUGUCAGAAUAACUCAUCUAAAUGGAUGAGGGAAAGAGAGGUGUCAAUAGCCAUUAAUAAUGGAUCUACAUUUAUGGUGAAUGGGAGCCUAUGACCCGGCAGAUCCUGUUGGAUUCCAGCUCCCAUCACACCAAGCAGCAUGGCCAGUAGUUGGGGGCAAUGAGAGGAUUGUAACCCAUCAAGAUCUGGAUGUCCACUGGCUCCACACAUCUGAUGCAGAAGGACCAUGCCAUUGCCCCAAGAUGCUCUUGAUUAAAGUUAGACUCACCAUAAAUAGGAAGUUGGAACCCAUAAAUCACUACGAAGAAGCUGGGGAAAUGGAGGCGAGGUUGUCAAGAUCCUUUUGUAAUAGAUAUGCCUCCCUCACUUGCUGCGAGAGGAAACAUGGCAGCUGCUGGGCUUCUCCCUGCCGUACAGCUGUGCUGAUGCUCAUGUAGAUUAAAGGCAGUGGAGAGUGCUACCUAGAGGAAAGGAGGAAGCAGAUUACUCAAAGUGAGACAUGGAAAGGUGGUUGGCCCAAGGUGAGCCUAUUCAAAAUGCUAGGGCAGUGUACUUGGGUGUAGAGAGAGAAAGCACAGGCAAGACAAAGGUGGAAGGGGUGGCGAGACUCAGAAGAAGCUGGUAGAGAGGUGCCGCCAGGUGGAACUGGGUUGCUCUGGCAGAAUGGCUUUAGCCUACUGGGCAGGUAUGUGCUCAGUCUGUAACUGUGUAUCUCCACAAUACAGUGAUAACAGCUGAGCCACAGACUCCAUGGGCAAAGGCGUCUCCUCUGUUGGUCCUUUGGGACCAAGUUGUCUUCAUCCCAAGAGACGCCACUGAACUUAGAUCACAGCGAGGAAGAUGGGGAUGAAAUUUAGCAGGGAUCUGCCUUGCAGAAAUCUGUGGUGCUCCAGCCACUUGCCUGAGCAACGGAUUUGGUCCCAUGUCUUAAAAAAAGAGAAGUGGCUGAUGUUCAACUUUCCCAUGGCUCUGUCCCUCUGCCAGGUGGUGAUUCAGAAUGAAUGUGGAGCCAAAGCCAAUCUCCUCCCCGUCUUUCUCCCUCAGGAAGCGGGGAGAGCCUUAUUCCAUGGAGGGUUUCAGGACUGAUACAGGCAAAUCUGAGCUUACACACACAGGAAACUGUUCUGGCUCCAAACCAUCCACCAGAUACCUCGCAAGUAUUUGUCCUGUUCCAGGACUUCGGUCCAGCAGGGGAAGUGAGAUAGCAGGAGGAGGAGAGCUUAAGCUCUGAUAGGAAAGCAGACCCGAUAUUUUAGGAGCAGCCUCACAUCCUCCUUCCAGAUGGUGAUAAAAGAGGAAGUUCCCCACACAUGCACACAAACACGCCCUGCCUCUCCAGCAUUUCAUCCCUGGGACAGUAGUGCAUUGCAAAGAGAGAACGGGUGGCUGCGGUCCAUGUUUAGCCCCUGCGUGGCAGGCUUCCCAAAGGGCCAGGCAUGCUUGUCAAAAGCAGCUGAGAACACCACAGCUGUCUGCCUCUGGGGAAGCCGCCUCUGUAUAUGUGUGAACUAAGGACCCCGCCCAGCCUUCCCCUGGUCUAUAUUCCAGUCUGACUUUGGUGACCAGGGUGCAACUGGCCAUCUUUUACUACAGGAACAGGCAACCUGCAGCCUUUAGCCUCUGCCCAAAUUCAUGUGGCUGUUUGCAAACAAUCUAGCCAUCCCCCAGAAGUUGGAUGGGCAGGAAUGAGAGAGGGAGGGGGAGAGAGGAGGGAAGGUGGGAGGGAGGGAAGGAGUUUCCCCACCCACUUUUGGCUCUGAUCCUGCCCACAGCCUUGCCUCCCACCAGCAUGUGGUCCUUGACAGAUUACCCCCCCCCCCCAAAAAAACUCCAGGUUUUUCACUCCUGCUUUCCUAUGCAUGUAAACAUCUAUCCAUUAUAAGUUUUACAAUUGUUGCUUGUCCCGAGCAUUGGGAAUGGAAUGGGUUUAAAGAAACGAAUGUGCAGUAUAAAAGAGAAAGAGAAAACUAAAAUGCAACCAGUGUUUUAGUAGUGACUGUUGUGUGCUUGGGACACAGGGCUUCUUUGUUCCUUGAUGCCAAGAAUUGUUAAUCCACUUACAGGAACAGCAGCUCAGUAGAAGCCACAGCUACCUUCCUCACUACCUGUGACUUGGUGACUACAUGGGACCAUUUCACACUUGAUGCCCUAAGCAUGUUUGCUGUGGCUUUAUUGGUUCUGCAACAGGGUUUGUGGCUGUAAGCAUGUAAGAGUGUGAAAGAGUUGCAUUUCCAAAGUAAUGGCGAUCCUGUGCCAUAUGUACAACUAUAUAUAUUCGCGCAUACCUAGGGAAUCCCCCAAGCCUGUAGAAACCACUGUCUUCUUAUUGGGUGUCCCUGUUUCCUCUUCCAGUUUGGUAGUGAACUUGGGUGGUCAAGUGCCUAUUGGAGACUGUGUUGGUGCAUUCACCUCGCCUUUGUUACGUGUAUCCAAGUGAUUCUUCCAUGAGACAUUGAGAUCAUCCAUACCCCUGAGCUACUGCAAAGGAACAUAGCUAUGGGCGAAAUGAUACGUUUUAUUGAGCCAUUGUAAUUCAGUGCAUUGUAAUUCAGCAAAGUUCAUGAAGUUAAUAUAUGGUUUGUUGGUUUACAGGGGUCAGCAAACUUUUUCAGCAGGGGGCCAGUUCACUGUCCCUCAGACCUUGUGGGGGGCCGGACUAUAUUUUGAAAAAAAAUGAAAAAUGAACGAAUUUCUAUGCCCCAGAAAUAACCCAGAGAUGCAUUUUAAAUAAAAGCACACAAUUUACUCAUGUAAAAACACCAGGCAGGCCCCACAAAUAACCCAGAGAUGCAUUUUAAAUAAAAGGACACAUUCUACUCAUGUAAAAACAUGCUGAUUCCUAGACUGUCCGCGGGCCGGAUUUAGAGGGCGAUUGGGCCAUUUCCGGCCCCCGGGCCUUAGUUUGCCAACCCAUGGUUUAUUCCUUGCAGCGGAGGCUGGUCCUUUAGAGUGAGCAGGGCACUGUGCCACCAAACGCAGCCUGCCCCCAUUUGCCUACAGGAGGUGGCCCUGGCUGUCAGUUUCCUCCUGCUCAGUCUCCGUCUUGCCCAGGCAGAACCAGCAGGCAAGGGGGUGGUAAUAAAAUGAGAAUGAGUUGGCUCUGCCUGUCAUUGACUUCACCAGCAGUAGGUCCCCUCCCCUGGCAUCAGCUAACACUGAUUCCUUCAGGCCAUCAUGGCAAAAUGACUGUCUACCAUGACAAUGCUGGAAGCAAUGGGGAUUUUUCUCCUAUGCAAGUGUCUACAGUUUAGGGAGAAGAAUCAAGGCGCAGCUAGACCCUGUCUCAGCUAUUAAUAACGCUGUCACCAAGUGCUGAAUUUAUGAGCCUGAGAUCCUCUCAUCUGUUGGAUUGUGGACCAUCCUGGCUAAUAGGUUAUUUCGGUUCCUUCUUUUUCUCUUAGAUGAACUGACUUACUGCCCCAAAGGCGUAACUUCCAACCUGUUCCGUUUCAACGUGUCUUCGGCAGAGAAGAACAGCACCAACCUCUUCCGGGCUGAGUUUCGGGUCCUGCGAGUGCCAAACCUCAGUUCAAAACGCACAGAGCAGCGUAUUGAACUCUUUCAGGUGAGCAAGGUUAAUGCUGGGGCAGAGUGAAGUGCCUAGUUGCCGCCCCGUCUCCCCCCACAACAUAAAUGCUAACACUGCAAUCCUCUGUUAUUAAACACCAUUUAAUGUUAUUUCUCUUAAUGGUGUUACAAUAUUCUGCACCCAAAGAAGAAAUGUGGGAGGGGAAGAAAUGUGCAAAGCUGUAGCAUUAGGGGAGCGUUUUGUAAAUGAUCUCUCCAUCCUCCUCCCAUUUUCCCAUUUGUUUUCUACAUCUGAUUUAACUCCUGCAUUUAAAGCAAACACUGCUGUACUUCAGGGAAUAGCCUGGUGUAUUUAAAGAAAUAAUAGAGCAUUGGAACAUUGUAUAUGUUCCAAUGCUCCAUUAUUUCCUUACAUACAUUAGGACUCAGGGUUUCCCAAACUUGGGUCUCCGGCUGUUUUUGGACUACAGUUCCCAUCAUCCUGGAACGUAACCCUCGCAUAAAUGGGGAGUUGCCUGUACAAUGUAUAGUUGGCCCUUUAGUACCUUCUUUGCCAGCAUUGCUUUCCCAGUAUUUGUGGUGACAUGCUGGAAGCAGAAUCCUGUAAGCAGUGGCACAGGACCAGCUGGCCCAUGUGCAAGGAGGCAGCACAUGUGGAAUUUUCCAGCAGUUUUCCAUCCGAUUAGCUGCCGCUUGCCUAGCUGUUGUGCAGCAGAUCAGCCUUCAGUUUCUGACUGGCCUCCUUGUUGCAUUUCAUCACACCCGGUCAAUCCUCGUGUGUUCUCCUGUAUAUUUUCACUUCUUCCUGUCUAAAGCAUGUACAGAACUUGAAGGGAUUCUCCUCUGCAUUGAGCAGCAACUAUUUUGAUGCGUUCUUGGGCUUCAGCGCCAUCGUACCCAGCAAAUCGGUAACACACAGGAAGCGUGCAAAUGUUUGUAUGGAGAGGAUUGUCCUAGUCCGUUCUAGUUUGGCAAGACACACUUGCUGCUGUUGCUGAACUGAGCAGGGGGUCUUGCGUGUCUCCUCCCCAUGCAGAUCCUGAAGCCUGAUGAGCACAUUGCAAAGCAGCGCUACCUCAGUGGCCGGAAUGUGAUGACGCGCGGCUCCCCUGAGUGGCUGUCCUUCGAUGUCACGGACACAGUGCGAGAAUGGCUUUUGCAUAGAGGUGAGUGCAGCAGGAAGGAGGUUCAGGGAUCCUCUUUGUCUGGAUCAGGUGGUCACGCAGACAUGUCCGUCAAUAACUCGUCACCGAGAGUGAGCUACUUGCCAUUCACAGCACAAUGUUUAAACUGUUUCCACUGUCCAUUUUUAUUUUUGAGUUUCCUGACCCUCUGUCUGUCUCCCCCAACAAAAUGAAGGCAAGAUGUUAUAUUUUGCCCUGAGGGGGAGGCAAGCUGCAGAAGAAAUAAGCUUUCAGACAAGAUUUAUUUCCCAUUUUUGUUUUUGUUGUAUAAUUAUUAUUGUUAAUUUAAUAAUAAAAAGGUAAAGGUAAAGGGACCCCUGAUCAUUAGGUCCAGUCGUGACCGACUCUGGGGUUGCGGCGCUCAUCUCGCUUUAUUGGCCGAGGGAGCCGGCGUUUGUCCGCAGACAGCUUCCGGGUCAUGUGGCCAGCAUAACUAAGCCGCUUCUGGCGAACCAGAGCAGCGCACGGAAAUGCCGUUUACCUUCCCGCUGGAGCGGUCUCUAUUUAUCUACUUGCACUUUGAUGUGCUUUCAAACUGCUAGGUUGGCAGGAGCAGGGACCGAGCAACAGGAGCUCACCCCGUCGCAGGGAUUCGAACCGCCAACCUUCUGAUCAGCAAGUCCUAGGCUCUGUGGUUUAACCUACAGCGCCACCCGUGUCCCAAUUUAAUAAUAAUUUGAUGUAAAUGGCUUUGUGAAGUUUAGCAGUAUAUAAAUAUCUCCAAUAAUAAGUAAUGUAAAUUAUAACAAGUAAUACAGUACAUAUUUGCAAUUAAUCAAGGAAAGGGAAUACGAAUCAAAAUAGGGAGAGCUAAAAAGAGGAUAUUGACCUCAGAGAAAGUCAUUGCGCUUGACAUGAUAUCUGUGGCACCCAGUCAUAUUUAUUUCAACCUCCCCACUCCUCUAAGGGGCUCUGGGUACCAUAAACUUCCGUCUUUAUCCUCACAUCUUUCUUCUUUAUCCCUGUGAGGUAAGUUAGAUUGAGAGGGAAUAGUCAGCUGAAGGUUACCUGUUGACUUGGUGGCUGAGUGGGCAUUUGAACCCGAGUUUUUCCAGUUCUAGUCCAACAGCUCUACAAGCCAUUCAGACAUGCAAAUCACCAUUUUGAUUCAUUAUGCUCACUCAGUGACUACAGCAUCUGUAAUCUAAACAAAAGAGUCUAAAUUUAACCAGUAAUAACUGUUAUCGGUUCAUUCUAUUUUGUGAGGAUGUAGGCAUUCUGACAGAUUUCCCAGCAGCUUCAGAUAUAUGAGUAAUUAACUUCUCUGGGGGAAGUAUGCUUUUGAGCAAAGCACUUCACUGGAUUUCCAUCAUCCUAAGUAAUAGUGCUGUCCAGAGAGUUCACCGGUCGAUAAUUUUGUCCAUUUCUCAAGUAGUUCAUUAACCUGCUCCAAUUCUUAGAUAAACAGACUGAAAGGCCAAAAUCAGAGGGAGAAAUCCUGUCCAUGCUACAGAAAAUAAAGGCGACUAACUUGUAAGGGAGGCCCAUACUUGUAAGUUGAGAGUGGUCCCCCGCUGCUUCUGUGGCUGUUCUCACCAAGCCACUGACAACUCUGUUGCUUGAUACUGCUCCCCAGUGCCUCACUCAAAUUGCACAGAGGGUAGACCAAACUAGCCCAAGGAAAGUUGGAAAGGUCAGAUGGGUGGGGGAACCCAGCCCCAAAGGUCUCAUGGGCAACUGGUAUCCCGACUGCAGGUGCAGAUGGCUGGGAUGAGACUGCCAGUAAGUCAGUGGUACCACAAGUCCCUCAGAGCUGUGCCAGGGUUGUGAGGGGGUCUUGGCAAAAUGCCAUCGAAUGGCCCCUCUGCAUUUCCCAUCUUAGUUUUCUCAAAAUGCCGUGCCUUUGAAGUUCUGUCGUUCCAGGGCACUGUGGGUUAAAAAAAAAUGCAAGCCCUCACUGGUAGCUGCCAUGUUUUUGUGACAUGAUGGCUAUUUUUGUUUUUUUGUUUUUAAAUCAACAAUGUUCUGGAAAGUUGGGGGACAUACUAUUUUAGAAAAAAUAAGAGCCUGAAGCAGAGAUCCUGUCAGAUGUCACCAUUGGCAGGCUUCACCAUUGACGUACCACCACCGCUGUAACUCUUCCAUUUUCAGAUUUAGCAUGUAGAGGCCAUGCUCUAGUCUACAUGCACACAUGUGAGCACACAUGUGUUGCACCGACACACCCUUACGAAGGUGGAACUCAUGUAAGGGGGUGCACCAAUGGUCAGCUAGGAUAUUGGGCUAAAUCUGUCCAGUGGCGUAGUGUGGGUUGUCAGCACCCGGGGCAAGGCAAGUAAUUUGCGCCCCCUAACCCGUGGAUUUUAGCACUCGAGUCUCUUCCACUAGAUUAUCCCACUUCCUGAUUGGCUAGGAGGAGGAUCCGUGUGACAAUAGCGAAAUUUUUGCAAAAUCUGUGACAGCGCUGAGAGAGAGUGAGUGAGCCAGGUAGGGGCAGAGAGCUGCGAGUGUGAGCGCGCCCCCUCCCAGAUGUUGCGCCCGGUGCGGCCGGCCCCCCCUGCACCCCCCACGCUACGCCACUGAAUCUGUCACCCCAUAGUGAACCCAAAUGCACAUGCAUCAAGUCGAUGUCUACACUGUCUUAGAGGAAUUGGCAAGAAAUUUGCUUCUGUUCAGCACAAGAAGCUGCUGGGCAUGAGGGCAUCUUGAGGCAAGAAUAUUGAUUCAUAGUUGGCCUGUCCUUGCAGGUACAGUCGUAUCUGGAUGCCAGUCAAAGCUGGUAUGCAGGCAAUAAAUUCUAGGAGGAGAAGUCGAUUUUACGCUUCUUAGAUUUUUCUUGGCCAGAGUCCAGGGACUGAACUAUUGGUAGUGCAAAGCUGUUAAUCUGACUAGUAGCAUGCAUGUCGCACAGCUUUUGAUGUAGGUGACGCUUGGAGAUACAAGCAGCAGGUACCUUACCCAGGGCUUUGCGGCUUGUGCAAUAUAACAGUUGGUGCAGGGCUCGGCAUUCAUCAGAGAAUAUCAGGAGAAAUGCCAGCAGCUAUAGAAUUCAAGAUGUGGGAUUCAGCAGCUGCCACCAGCUGGGAAGAUUAAACAGGUGCUGAGAUCCAAUGGCUGCUUCUAGCUUGAUCCUCGAGAGCCUUAGACAAUUCCUCUGACUGCAGCUAGCAAUGUCCACUUGCACAGUAUUUGUUGGUUACUGCUUCUUUCCCCCACCCCUUGCCAGAGUUUUUAAAUGCCAUGACAAUGCAAGGCAAAUUCAAGGUCGAAAUUACAUAUGUAAAACGGAUGUGUUACUGUUCCCAACAAAGAUCCCAGUUGCAGCAUUUAGGGUUUUGUGGUUGUUUUGUUUUUGUGGGAUUUCUGACUUGCGGUACAGAAUUCCAAAAAGAAGCUUUCUUGUUAGUCUCAACCAUUUAUAUAAAGACAAGGACAGGAGAGUUGUGCAGCCUAAUGCUGUUCAUAUUUACUUAGAAAUAAGUUCUGUGGGAUUUCUCCCACCAAAUUAUCAUAGGUCUGGAGCCUUGAGUUUCAAGAGUCCUCUCUUUUGUGUGUUUUCUGAUUGGGCUAUAAAUCUUAUUAUGAACAUAAUUCAGGAAAAUCCUGCUUAAAUGGAUGGACUCAUACAAAUUCAAAAGGACGUGACCAUCCAAAAUCUCAGUGGAACUUGAAACAGCAUCAAAGUGGAACUGCUAGGGAUCGGUGGAUCACUAAGUGUUGCUUUCUAUCGGUUUCUCAUUUUUCCAGUAUUAAUUUCAGUUCUCCACAUCUCCAUAUACGUAUUUUUUUAAAUGAAAAUCUCGUGAAAAUCUAUUACCAUGUGAGUGGGCAUUUCUCCUAAUAGCCACACAUUUGUAUGCAGUUUUGCCUAAUACACACUUUCCCCCAAAGCCAUUAUGUCUAAUAUAAUGCUGUUUUGAACAUUAUGUUCACUAAUUUAUGUAUUUUCAAGCAUACUUUAUCCUAGUACAUGCACUUUUGCAUAUAUUAUUUGUUGGGAAAACUGCAUUUGGAGAGGCAUGCAUUUUGAAGCUGUUUUGUACUGUUUCAGAAAGUGCAAAUUUAGUAGGUUUGGCUUUAAAUGCAAACCGAAGCUGCAUUCACACAGUCAUUUAUUGCAUUUACAUGUUGCUUCCCUAGCUGUUAAUUUCCACAUUAUAUUUGAGCUUUCACAUGAUACAAAAACCACUUAUGGAACUAUAGUGAAACAUGGCAAAACUAUAAUGGAAUAUAGUGCAAGUUUAGCACUCAUUUCCAUAAAAUUUGCAGACUGAUUUUUGUUUUCUGGAAGGAAAUUAUAUAGAUAUGAGCACUAAACUUGCACUAUAUUCCACUAUAGUUCUAGCAGUGGAUUUUAUGUGGUGUGGAAGCUCAGAUAUAAUGCAGAACUUAGAAGUUAGGGGAAAGUUGCAAAAAUGGAAUAAACUGCCAUGUGGAUGCAGCUAGAAUCAAAUUUCUCCGCCAUCCCUAGAAGGCUUUCGAGAUUGCUGCCAAAGAGCAACCCGGGUCUGCUUACCUGCCCCCAGUCUCUCUCCAUUGCAUCUUCCCUGUCUUAAUGUCAUUACAUUAUGCAUUUUCCUAUUCCUGCCACUGGCAGCCAAUGUUGGGGAGCAAAGGUGAGGAACCUGGAUGAUGUCAGGACAUGAGGUGACUUCAACUGUUCAACAUGGAGCAGGAUAGGAAAAUGCAUCAUGAGCCGCCACUUUGGGUAGAAAGUCUAUAUUCACUGCAUGUAAAACUCCACCCCCAUUUGCAGCAACACAGGAGAAUGUCAGUGCUGUUGUCCCCAAAGAAAUUAAACAUUGGUGGGACAAAGGAAAUGGAAUUGCCAAAGAACUGUUUGGAUUGCAGGGACAUUAAGUUGCUAGUUCUCAUGAAUUCUUUCUCUCCAAACAGAAUCUAACCUGGGACUAGAGAUCAGCAUCCACUGCCCAUGUAACACCUUCCAGUCCAAUGGCGACAUCCUGGAGAACUUGCAUGAGGUGCUGGAGAUCAAGUUCAAAGGUGACAGGGGAGAGACUGGAGGGGGAAGCAGCGAAAUGGGCCACCAGGAGAAAUGAAUCAUUAUCCCAUCUGCAUCGGAGUGUUUUUAAAACAUUGUUUCUCUGUGGGUUUUGCUGUGUUUCUUCAUGAUAAACCUGUGUAGGGGUUGUCAUAGGGGGGCAGGGAGUACCUCAGAAGUGUGGAGGCACACGUACCUCACAAAUGCAUGGGUUUGAUAGUAAUCUCCUUUCUGUGGGGAAUCUUGGGAACUGUAGUUUUGUGAGGGAUGCUAGGCAUUUGUAACAGAAUUCUAAGCACCUCCCCCAAACAACAGUUCCCAGGACUCUUUGGGGAAAGGCCAUGACAGAGAAACUGGCACAGAAUGCUAAAGUGAAGGGAUAUAUUCAAGGGUGGAUCUACUAUGAAACUACUGAAGCCUAAGCUUUAGGGCCCCUCAUUUUGGAGGGGCUCCAAAAGCAAAUGUAGUCUACAUUCCUUAAAAAAUUUAGGUCUAGUAAGACCCAAUUUGAGUCGCAUGACUUAAAUGGAUUAGGUUGUUUGUUUUUUGUAUAUAUUUCAACAGUCCCAAUGUUUUAAGAGUCAGCCACACAGACGUUGUCAAGGCGUGGUAAUCUGUCGUGGUACAACCCCAGUGAAGAAGAUAACAGUGGUUACCCCCACCUCUUGGUUGCUGGUUGUGAAGGGGCCCCCAUGACAAUUCAGGUUUCAGGGCCCCCAAAAUGUAGGUCCACCACUGCAUAUAUAUCUUGGUGCAUAAAGGUGUGCGAAGCAGAUGCAUUGCUGAAGUUAAAGUCUCUCUGGAAAACUCGGUUCUGCUGCGUUCUUGGUUUGACUCUAGUUUCCAGCUGUCAUGAUGUGGGCAUGAAGAAUUUGGGCAUCCUGCCUGAGGUGGCACAGGCAGCCAGCGGCUGAGUUAGGUUCAACAUUAGCAGCUGCCUGGCAUUGGGCCCUGGGCUGUGGCCACGAUACCCACAGGCUCCACAUCCUGGAUAUUCCUUUUGCUGCACAGUUCCAGUCAUCUGACAUCUUCCUUACGCCAUUAAUCUUCCUCGGCCUUUCUUGAGACUGAAACCAGUAACAAGAGGAGCAUAUUAAUGGCCCCACCACCAGUUUACAAAUUAUAAAGCAAAUGACCCACAACACUUGGUUUCAGGCUAAGAGGAAACCUCGUUUCUCCUGGCAAGGCUGGCUGCAGUCCUUACAGAGGAACCUCACAGGGGCCAGGCUGCUGGAGAGUUUCCCAAGCUGCCCUCCUGUUAAACAUCCUCCAUGGAUUCCAACAUUUUCCGCUGCAGCGCUAGAGUGGCCGUGCAGUUUUGCUAAUGCCCUUCCCCUUCCAGGCAUUGAGAGUGAGGACAGCCACGUGGGGCGUGGGGACUUGGGGAGCUUGAAGAAGCAGAAGGACCUGCACAACCCCCACUUGAUCCUGAUGAUGCUGCCCCCCCACCGACUUGGGAGCCCCGCCCUGAGAAGCCAGAGGAAGAAAAGGGCGCUCGACACCAAUUACUGCUUUAGGUAAGCGAUGGAUCCCUCUCCUUCCCUUCCACCUCACCCCUGGGGUUAACUGUGGCUCCACCUGAUUGCUCUGCAGCUGCAAGGCUGGCAAUUGGCUAGUUUUUAUUUUGAUUCCAUGCUUGCAGUGUGAUGGGGAAACGUUCUGGAAGCCCGAUGCAAAGCAGGGAUGGCUGGUUCAGUCAAAUAUUGUGCCUGACAAUGAGGGAUGCCUUUGAGUUUCGCAUUUCCUGCUUUGCACAUGCGGAGCUCAGUGGCUUGCAAUGUUUCCCUCAGUUUUGGUGAAAUAGGAAUUCAGGGUCACACGCUUCUGAUCCUCCUCUCGGCAUUUCAGCCUGCCUGAUCAAAGGACCCACACUCCUCCCCCAUGUGCUGUUUUGGUGGUUCCCCUGACCCUCCCCCCAGAGCCAUUUGUUUUUUUGGGGGGUGCUCCAUUGUGCAAUAGGAAGUCCUUGCCCAGAGCUUUCACUGAUGGACUUGUUAGGCGAGUAGUUACAAAUUUAACCAAUUCCAGUCAGGCAGCAAAACUUAAUUUGUGCUGCCAUAUUCAGCUGGUAGACUUCAAAUCCAGCUUGCUAGGUCACUAGUCUGGCCUACUGCUUGUUUGGGCUUCCAGCACCAAGUGAAAACUAUGGUGCAGAGGAGAAGUCCCUGUUUCUCCAAAGCCCUUGAUUCCAUUUCAAACCCUUUUGUUCCAGGAACAUGGAGGAAAACUGCUGUGUGCGUCGCCUCUACAUUGACUUUCGGCAAGACCUGGGCUGGAAAUGGGUCCACGAACCCAAGGGAUACUUCGCCAACUUCUGCUCUGGACCUUGCCCAUACCUCCGCAGUGCAGACACAACUCACAGCACGGUACAUCAGUUCCUUAAUAUUAGCAGGGAACCUAGAAUUUGGGAGAUCUGUCUCCCCCAACUUAAAAAUAAAUAAAUCAUAGUUAUUAAAGUUUCUAGAGGCUCACGGAACUGGUGGCAUCUGCCUGUCUCAAGAGACAAUAGAGUGUGCCUCCAUGGGUGAAGUCAAACUGCUGUGUUAGUUCACUGGGUCACAAGCCUGGGCUGAGUGUAGGGAGGUCCAGUGCUGCCCAGAUAACAAGACCGCCACCCCCGGCUUCGCUGAUGUGUUUCAAAGGAAAGCACAGCAAUACAUUUAGCUGCAGAAGUCGCCAGUAGAAGAACUUAGGGGUGUGAGUGUGAAGGAAAUCUGUAUAGAGAAAUGACAUUUUCUAAUUCUUAGAGCUAUUUUUUAUUUUCUUGUUUUAUAACGCUCAAGACUUUGAUCUGCCUCAUGUUGGUGUGGCAUGACUGAUGGAAAGGUACUCUGUGGACACUCAGAAUCAGUACCUAUUUAGGCUUCUCAUAACGUAAUUCAAAGUUUAGAGUGGAGUAGUUUGCUAGCCAUUGGUAUUCUAACCAGGGAUUCUGUUUCACAUGGAGUGAGAAUUAGAUUUAGUCCUGGGUUCAGCUACCAUCUCAGCUCUGUACUCACUUUCAGGCCUUUGGCAAAUGGCAGCCUCAGUAGUUGCCUUUCUGUAGGAUGGAUGCGCCUUUGAAGCGAACUUGGGAAUAAUCGUUGAUGUGUCUUGGCUGAGGCUGCUCUUCUCACAUGCAUUGAAUUUCACUGGUCAAAUUCUAGUACUUGUGCUGCUCAAUACACCUGGCUGCCUCUGGCAUGUUUCUUCAUGUCCUCUUCAUACAGUGGUACCUCGGGUUACAGACGCUUCAGGUUACAGACUCCACUAACCCAGAAAUAGUACCUCGGGUUAAGAACUUUGCUUCAGGAUGAGAACAGAAAGCGUGCUCCGGCAGCGCAGCAGCAGUGGGAGGCCCCAUUAGCUAAAGUGGUACCUCAGGUUAAGAACAGUUUCAAGUUAAGAACGGACCUCCAGAACGAAUUAAGUACGUAACCAGAGGUACCACUGUAUUGGAAAUGGGAUGAAUUAUGCAAGUUACCAUAAACGUACUUCUGUACCAGCUGGAAUAUUUUGGGUGGGGAACGGAAUAGAGGAGAGGAAGGAGCCCUAUGCAUAACAAAUGUACAGGAUGUGUAGGAACUACAGAGUAGGAAACGAAGGGCAAGACGUACAAUAGUCAGUGGGAUCCUUCCAUCCAAACCCAUCCUGAUUUCUGAGAUAGGUCAGAUGUUGUAUAUUUUAAGCUUUGCUCUCACCUGUGCAGGCCACAAACUCCCCGCCCCCAGUGAUUCUGGUACAAGUCCCUGAACUUGUGCGGCAUAGUAGAGUCUACAAGCCAUAGAGCAGUUGCAGGGAUACUUAUUUCUAAGCACUGCAAGCAUUUCCUGAUUAUGGCUUUUUGCAGAGGAGAUCUAUGUUAUCCCUUGUGGCUGGUUUCAGCUGCUCAGCCAAGCAGCGUUGGCAUCUGUACAGCAUAGGCAGCUUCCUGCAUUCCUCGAUGACCCAAAAAGAAGAGAACCCUAUGGAAGAAGUGGUAGUGUUUUUCUGGCAAUAUACGUGGCAUCAAGAUUUUAAAGGAAGUUGAUGUUAUGUCAUAACCUCAGACUAAAAUGACAGAAAACCAGUGCCUGACAGAUGGUGCAAUGGUCUCAAGGGAGACAUUUCCUAGAGCAUGUGGAAAGGGCAAGACUUUAUAAUGGAGAGAGGGCAUCGUGAGAGUUUCCCCAAUGCAGCUCAAUAAAACGCUAUUACUUAGGUUGUGAGCCCUAUGGGGAUAGACAUGACCUAGAUGAAGCUGCCAUAAGCUGAUCUGAGCCCACAGGGCAGGGCAAGGUUUAAAUAUAAUUAAGGAAAGACACACACAGUGCGAGAGGAUCUGUUUAUUAGGAGUGAAGGCAGGUUUUGGCUCCUGUUUCCGAAGGAAGAGAACCCUUCACUAGUCAAAUUCUAGUUAUAUGCAGGUGUGCCAGCGGCACGAUGAAGCUGUGAAAAAAUGGUCAAAAGUGUCCAUUAUGGAGAAGCCAGUAGAGGGGAUUCCGCAACCCUUGUCAUUUCAAACCUUAAAGGAAUGAUUUAUGAGGGUUUAGGGAGAAGCUGAGGACUAGAACGUGUGCCAUCAUUGUUAGCAUUAGGCAGACUUCUGUAGCCUGAGGAAAAUUGUUCUUCUUUUACAGUAAGGCAGACUCCUCAGUAUUUAGAGAGGCAUUUUUAGUAGGGAUAAAAGCAGAUUGUGACUCUUUCCCCCAUAAAUCACCAACACCCCUCUUGCAUGAAAAGCAGCAGCCUUUGGGGAGAAGCACUGCUCUAAGGUUAGAUGUUUAAAAGAGUGGUUCAGAUCCAAGACUAAGGAGGAGGCGGAAGAAUCUGUCAGAGUCUCCCAGGGCUCUCAUCUGGCACUCCCUCUUUCUCUCUCUGGCAAUAUAUGAGAUGGAGCAGAGAGAGACUUCAUUGGAUUGGUAGAGGAUUCAAAAAGCUGGGAGAGAAUGUAGAUAUCCGAGAGGGACUGGAUUAAAUCCAGCAUGAUCUGGAGAUGCUGGCCAAAGCAAGUUGAUUUUUUUCAGCUGUUUUUCUUGAAAUUCAAACAGGGCCAUAGGAUGGUUACACCCAGGGAUUUUUGUUUUUAAAAGAGCAGGCUUUGCUUAUUUGAAUGCAGAGUCGAGGUCUGAGGGCUACAGGGCUGCACUUGUGUUUCUUACUUCAGGCAGGGCUUUACUCAGCUGCUGCAAAUUAAUAACCAUAUUGCCUAACAAGCUGUUAAAUAUGUUAGCGGUGGAGCUGGGUGUGGUAAGCUACACAGUUUAAGAUCACUGAAGAGAAGCAUGUUUUCUGCCUGAUGGCGAUUUGUGUUUUGGCCUAAACAGAUUCGUGUGUUUUUUCUGGUUGCUUUUCCAGGUACUUGGCCUAUACAAUACACUGAAUCCUGAAGCAUCCGCCUCCCCUUGCUGCGUGCCUCAGGAUCUGGAGCCGCUCACCAUCCUGUACUAUGUUGGAAGGACCCCCAAAGUUGAGCAGCUCUCCAAUAUGGUGGUGAAAUCCUGCAAAUGCAGUUGA